UUGAAUAUACGCGGUUUCCCUGUCCAUCACAAUAUCAUGGCUGCUUUUAUUUUGGAAAUGAAAGAGGCUGUUCUUACCUAUAUGGACCGAAGCGGCGGUCUUCAGAAAUUUGUUGAAGAGUGUAAAGAAUAUAAUGGUAUAUUUUAUCGUUUUAGUAUAGUUGUAAAUCCUUCAGAUAUAACAGAAAUAGAUGCCAGGCUUGGGGAUUGUGUUUUGCACGAUCCACAGAAAGCUACGUGUCUUUUUCAGUCGGUAUGUUUUAUAUCUAUCAAGACCCUGUCAUUAAUUGAAAAAAUCCAUACUCAAGCUCAGGUUAAUGUUGUGCUAAAGCUGACACACUUGCCUCCACUGCCAGAUUAUUACCUUAACUUGUGUGACUUCCCCCAUGGUUAUGAUCACAAGAGGCAUUUUAUGAUGGAGGGGCUGGUGAUGGCAAUGACGCCAGUGACCAAGUACACACAGGGAGCCCGGUUUCUUUGUACUGAGGAUACAUGCCCCUAUUCAUCAGGAUUUCAGUAUAUACGAGUGCAUGUACCAGGUGCAACAGAAUCAGCGACGGUGAGGAAUGAUUUUACAUGUACUUUAUGUGGUUCUUCACUCAAGGAAGAUGUGAAGUUCAGAGUGCUGGGUGACAAACAGCUAGUGGAUGUGAUCCACACAAGAGCUAUGGAUGCACUGAGGGCCCACCUAACCAGUUCUUUUAGGUAUCAGUCCACGACAGUGUUUUUAAGAGAUGAACUGUGCCACCAAAUGAAAAUGGGUGGAAUGUACAGAAUUAUAGGAAUCCCAGCUUUUGUACACCAAUGGCCAAAGGUUGCAUUAAGUGUUGAAGCCAACAGUAUUCAGCCUUGGAUUCCAAAAUGUCCAGCAUUCAUCAGCGAUAAUUUCCAGAGUCUACUUUCUGUCACUGCCUGCUCUCCUUGGAGAUUCUCUGCCAUCCUAGCAAAUAUUUUUGGAUCCCAUGUAGUUCCUCCAGGCAUGUACAACACGCUUAAGCUUUGCCUGUUACUGAGUCUGGUACAGACCUGUGGUGAUGAGGGAGAGCCAGGCAACUUCCUUGAUCUGUUGACUUUGACCAAUGACACACUGAUUGUGGAUAGGCUUUUGAUGUACAGCCUUGGUAUUGUGGCUCGUGGGACAAGACAUCUGGCAUCUGGUGAUAUUUUUGCCACAGUCUCUAAAGAUGAGCAUGGAACAGGAACUGCAAAUGUCCAAGCUGGUUCUGCGCUGCUUGCUACAGGAGGGAUCUGUUUUGUAGGAGAUCUUUCUUCUUACAAAAAAGAUAAGCUUGAUCUACUUUACUCUGUUUUGGAAACAAGAACUGCCAUCGUAUUCAUUCCAGGAAAGAAGUAUGGGGAAGAUGUUGACCAACAGCUGUCUUUUCCAAUCAAGUGUAAUUUCUGGGCGGUAACGGAUAAUUGUGCUCCUAGCAAGAGAGCGUUAAAAUCAGAUGGUGCUGUACUUGGAUCAGUGGACAUUGGCUCUUUUCCUUCUAAAAUGAGCAAUGCCUUUGGUCUGUUGAUCCACUGUCGUGAAGCAGCCUGUGACUAUCCAGCCCUAGCGUUAACCCACCACACCCUGCGAGAGGCCCUGAAUCCAGGAAAGCCUCUGUACCCAGCAUCAACGCAGUUCACAACACAGGAUUAUGAAGCACUCAUUGCCCUUGCCAGGAGUUUGCAAACAGAGCUGAGUCCGGAAGCUGAAAGUCUAAUCCACGGGUAUUACAUGGCAAGCCGGAGAGUCCGUACUGACCCAGUGCAUGGAUCAAAGCUAUCUGCAGCUUCAGUAAAGCUUUUGAUGUCGUUGGCAGAAGCCCACGCUAAGCUUAACCUCAGGAGUAGAGUGCUUGAGGAAGAUGCUGUUAUUGCUGUCCUGCUGUGUGAAAAUUCAAUCACCUUGAAGCAUGGAGGCUCUGCGCUUGUUUUAUCCCCUAAUGCUGUAUUUCCCUGUGAUCUUCAUGACCAUGAGUCCCUGCACAGAAGAGAUGUUAACCUGAUGCAACUCCAUCAACAGAUUUUACAGUUCAUAUUAACCUAUGCACCUGAAGCUACAGCUUACAUUACUGAAGAAUAA